UCUGAUCAAGACGCCCUAACACCGCAAGUAUUCCUUGUUCGCCAUGGGGAGACCGAGUGGGCCAAGUCGGGCCGCUUUAUAGGAAUUAUAGACAUCAAGCUAACUAAAACGGGGAUUGCAUACGUCUUAUUGAUAGUUAAUACAUUUAUCGAGGUUAGGAAAUUUAUAGAUUUAUCCUACCUAUUAUAUAUCUUCAGUAGCCCUAAAUCCUAG